ACCCUAAAAGAACCCUUUCGUUGAAUAAACAAAAACCAAACGCCUUCAAAAAUCAAAAUCUCGAUCCAGAUCUCAUCUUCUUCCUUCUUCCGCCACAAGCUAUGAGGAGAGUCACCGGACUUGCUGCUCGCACAAUCUCAUCCUCCGUCGCCAUCAAUCCACGUCUCUCUCAAACAAUGGCGAUUACAACGAUUUCUUCCUCCGAACCAAUCUCCCGAAGAUUCGGUGGUCUUCCAGAGAUAUCAACGCCGUCUUUUGCCGGCGGAGUCGCUGGGAUUGUGUUUUUCUCUGCCGCUGCUGCAUCGUCUCUUGGUCAAGAAGUUCACGCUAAGGAAAUGGCUCAGAAGUUUAAUCCUAAAGAAGUUGUUCUGUAUCAGUACGAGGCUUGCCCUUUCUGCAAUAAGGUUAAAGCGUUCUUGGAUUACAACAAGAUUCCAUACAAGAUUGUUGAAGUGAAUCCCAUCAGUAAGAAAGAAAUCAAAUGGUCUGAUUAUAAGAAGGUGCCUAUUCUUACUGUAGAUGGUGAACAAAUGGUUGAUUCUUCAGUGAUUAUCGAUAGCUUAUUCCAAAAGAUGCACCCUGAAAUUUCUAAGUCUGAAGAAGAUGAAGAGACUAAGUGGCGCAAGUGGGUGGACAAUCAUCUUGUGCAUCUCUUGUCACCAAACAUCUACAGGAAUACUUCAGAGGCUCUUGAGUCCUUUGAUUACAUCACCACCCAUGGGAAUUUCAGUUUCACUGAGAGAUUAGUGGCAAAGUAUGCAGGAGCAACGGCAAUGUACUUUGUGUCAAAGAAAUUGAAGAAGAAAUAUAACAUUACAGAUGAACGUGCGGCUCUUUAUGAUGCUGCGGAGACAUGGGUCGAUGCCUUGAAAGAGCGUCCAUACCACGGUGGGUCGAAACCAAACUUGGCCGAUCUUGCUGUAUUCGGUGUUCUGAGGCCAAUAAGAUACCUUAGAUCGGGUAAGGAUAUGGUGGACAACACACGCAUAGUGGUAGAAGGUAGCAGGAACACAUUAGAUCAAAAUACUGAAACCAACGCAACAGAAGCCAAAGUAGAAGGUACAAUAAAACUACCCCCAAAUGUUUCUAUUCCCGGUGUCAUAACAUUUGGAGACUCGAUAGUGGAUAGUGGAAACAAUAACCACCUCCGUACAGCAUUAAAAUGCAACUUUCCUCCUUAUGGUAAAGAUUUUCCAGGCAAAAUUGCAACUGGAAGAUUUUCUGAUGGAAGGGUUCCAUCUGAUAUUGUUGCGGAAAGACUAGGAAUAGCAGAAACAAUACCAGCAUAUUUAAAUCCAAAGCUCAAAAAUGAAGAUCUUCUCAAGGGUAUAAAUUUCGCUUCUGGUGGUUCUGGUUACGAUCCAUUAACAGCUAAACUAGUGAAAGUGGUAUCUUUAUCAGAUCAACUAAAAUAUUUUCAAGAGUAUAAGGAAAAAAUAAAAGGAAUAGUUGGCGAAGAGAAAGCCAAUUUCAUGGUGAAAAAUAGUCUUUACCUUGUGGUAGCCAGUAGUAAUGAUAUUGCUCAUACAUAUACGGCACGCUCACUCAAAUAUAACAGAACCUCGUAUGCUGAUUAUUUGGUUGGUUUCUCUUCUAAAUUUGUCAAAGACUUAUAUGGACUUGGAGCUCGAAGAAUCGGAGUAUUUAGUGCAGUACCAGUUGGAUGUGUACCAGCAGCCAGAACAGUUCAUGGAAGAUUGAAGCGAAAAUGUUCAGACAAACUAAACGAAGUGGCUCGUCACUUCAACGUAAAGAUGUUUCCGACAUUGGAGGCUUUAGGAAAAGAGUUGCCGGAUAGCAAAAUUGCGUUUAUUGACGUAUAUGACACUCUUAAUGAUAUGAUCGAAAACCCUAAAAACUAUGGAUUUGAAGUAUCAAACAGAGGAUGUUGUGGAACAGGAUUACUUGAAUUACCAUCCAACAGAAAAAGCUUACCAAAUUAUCGUUGAUAAGUUGUUAGGAAAAUACAUUAAGCAACUAGUC